GCCACUUCCGGGCGGGCGUGCUGCUGGCCCCAGCUGUCAUGUUGCGAGCUCUGAGCCGCCUGUCCCCGCGGCCCGGGGGCCAGCCCUCAGCCGUGCAGCUCCUGCCCGCGCGCGGCCGCAAGACCCGCCACGACCCGCCGGACAAGUCCAAGGUCGGGCGCGAGAAAAUGCCGCCCGCGGUGGACCCCGCGGAAUUCUUCGUGUUGACUGAGCGCUAUCGGCUGUACCGGCAGACGGUGGGCGCCAUCAGGCGAGAGUUCGUGACGGAGGUGCGACACAAGGCGUACGAGGCUCGAGCCGGGGUCCUGGCCGAGCGCAAGGUGCAGGAGGCCGCCGCGGAGCACCAGGCGCUCAUGGCCUGGAACCGGGAGGAGAACCGGCGGCUCCAGGAGCUGAGGAUAGCUAGGUUGCAGCUGGAAGCACGGGACCAGGAGCAGCGACAAGCCGAGGAGGAGGCCCAGCGGGCCCGGGAGAAGCAGGCCUGGGUGCAACUGAAAGAGCAAGAAGUGCUCCAGCUGCAGGAAGAGGCAAAAAACUUCAUUACCCGGGAGAACCUGGAGGCUCGGAUAGAAGAAGCAUUGAACUCUCCAAAGGACUAUAACUGGGCCAUCACCAGAGAAGGGAAUGUGGUCAGGAACUGAGCACAGAGGGUCCUAGGAGCCCAAAGUAAGGACAGUGCUUGCCAAGGACCCAAGUGUAUUGGGACAGGAAUUGGUGCACCCUAUGUGGGAUGGCUCAGCCUUUUCCAGAGCAGCCACCAUUCAGUCUAGGUCACCACCUGACUGGAAAAUGUUCUGACACCACAUCCAAACUCAGGACAGAUGAGACUCUGUGAAGUUUCCUGUCACACAGGAUCAGACUAGACUAUAUCCCCUCUAGCAGCCAAGCUAUCUUCUGAGUCUCGGGGAGUACUGUGAACCAAAUGUUUGCUGCUUUUAAAAUAAAGUUUUUUGGAACCCA